UUCAAAGGUGUUAAACUAUGUUUAUUGAUAAUCAAUAGUUGAAAGUCCAGGCCGUCCCCUCCCUUGAUGAGGAAAAAGCGAAAAUGGCAGUAGAAAUAGGCGAGACUCACGAGAUGAACGUUUUGUUGAAAAACGUUCGAAGAGAAUUGCUUUUGAAAGUCCAGGCCGUCCCUUCCUUGGAUGAGGAGAAAGAGCGGAUGGCAAUAGAACUAGUCGAGUUGAAAGUCCAGGCCGUCCCUUCCUUGGAUGAGGAGAAAGAGAGGAUGGCAAUAGAACUAGGCGAGGAGGAAGAAGUACAGAAAAAAAGGAAGGAGUAUGAUAAGAUGAAAGUAGAUGUAAAAAAGAAACCAGAGGGGAGAUUGAAAAGAAUGAAAAGACGCAUUAGACGUCUAUUCUGUUGUGUUAGAGAUGAACAUUAUGAGUAAAGAAAAGGAUCAGGACUUGAAACCACCAGACAUUUAAUUUUGAUACAAUUUUGUACAGUGUAUGUUUUUUUUAAAAGUUGAUUUUUAUCCACAAAUCCUUUGAACAAAAGGGGGAACACCCGAGCCAUUGUACUGUUUGGUUUGCAUAUAAACUCUUUUCCAUUAAUCUUUCGAUCUUUGUAUUUUAUGGGAAUUUUUCCAAAAUGUAAGUUUCAGAAAUACAUCUGAGGCAAACAUUGCUGACAAAAUUUACUUAGGCUGAUAUUUUCUGGUAACGAGGCUAGCGAGACAUCGCUGUGGUGAAUUACCACAGCAAUGCCACUUCAUAACUUUUUGGCCAUCUAGGGAAUGCCCAUUUCGCAACUAAGAAUUGGGGUCCCUGUCCAAGAGAAUGAAAAUAUAACUGCUGCAUCCUUUUAGAGAUGAAUUAAAGCUCCUUUGUUGUCUCAAAAAUAUAUUUUUGUAAUGC